AUGGAAGGAGAAUCAAGCAGAUUGGAAACCCACACUCCAGUUUUCAUCAAGAAAAAGACUAAGCAUUCUGUACAUAAGGAGAGACAUGGGAGGCAUCCCCACGAAAGUUUCAGAGACUCCUCCCUGGCAAAUGAACAGGCUGACAUAACUAAGGGUAAAAAAAAGAGAAAGGAUGCCCAGCAUCUUGUUUCUUCUCCUUUGAAAAAAUCAGAAAUUUGCGAUGAGACUGAAAAGGCCACUACUAUACCCAAAAAGAGUAAAAAGAGAAGAAAAGGUGCUUUGGGAGUCGAUAAGGAAACAGGUGUUGCGUACGUCCUGGUGAAUAAAGAAAACAUUGAGAACACACCAAAGAAUCUUAGAAAGGAUGUCGAUGUCGUUUACAUUGAUGUAAGCAAGGAACGAAAGUCAACAAAAGGGCCUGAAGCAGAUGAACCGCAUUUAGUUACUAAGUCACGUGAACAUGAGUCAGAACUGCAUGAUAAAGUUCGGGAGAAAAAGCGGAAAAAACAUCGGAGGAAAGUUGCAUCCUGUGAUGCUGUCCAGGAAAGUCUGGGUGCAAGCAUCACCCUGCCCGGAUCAGAAUCCCAAGAGCAGGAACCCCAGGCUCCCAUGGGCCAAGAAGGUGAAAUUGCACAGCUACCAGUGUCUGCAGAUAAAAGGAAGUCUAAGAAGAGAAAGAGGAAGCGUCCAAAUGACCAGGAAUUCGAGGCCUUGCCUGUGCCUGAGAGCGCUGAGAACAUAUACUCAGAGGGAUCGCAGGUGAUAGGUGAGGUCGGGACUGCAGGGGGCAAUCAGGAAUCCAGUGGCCUCAAGAAAAAGUCUAAGAAAAGGAAGAGAAGUUCUGUUGAUACUGCCAUGGCACCUGGUGGUGAUUUUUCAGUGCUCAGGACGAGCUCUGAGGACAUGCUCUUUGAUUCAGUGGAAGGUAAUGGUACCUUGAUUGAAGAAAGUGCAAAACCCAGGCCACAAGAGGAGAAACCCCAGGCCUGUUCGGAUGUGGUGCAGAGAUUAGAACCUACAAAUGAAGAAGAAAGCAAUUUGGAGUCGGCCAAAGAUCCUGAAACCAAGUAUUUAUCUGAAGAUUCGAGAGAUUCAGAUAAUUCAGACAUGGAUUUGGAUUCUGCUGUGAGGCAGCUCCAGGAGUUCAUCCCUGAUAUCAAGGAGAGGGCUGCCACUACAAUUAAGCGAAUGUAUCGGGAUGACUUGGGACGCUUUAAAGAAUUUAAAGCCCAGGGUGUCGCUAUUAAAUUUGGCAAGUUUUCCAUGAAGGAAAAUAAGCAGUUAGAGAAAAACGUGCAAGAAUUUCUCUCUCUGACAGGAAUCGAGAAUGCAGACAAGCUGCUGUACACAGACAGAUACCCAGAGGAGAAAUCUCUAAUCACCGACUUAAAAAGAAAAUACUCGUUUAGAUUGCACAUUGGUAAGGGCAUUGCCCGGCCCUGGAAACUCGUAUACUAUCGUGCAAAGAAGAUGUUUGAUGUCAACAAUUACAAAGGCAGGUAUAGCAAAGGAGAUACCGAGAAGCUAAAGAUAUACCAGUCCCUCCAUGGAAACGACUGGAAAAAGAUUGGCGAGAUGGUGUCUCGAAGUAGCCUCUCUGUGGCCCUGAAGUUCUCCCAGAUCAGCAGUCAAAGAAAUCACGGCGCUUGGAGCAAGACGGAGACCCAGAAACUAAUUAAGGCUGUCGAAGAGGUGAUUCUGAAGAAAAUGUCUCCCCAGGAGCUAAACGAGAUGGAUUCUAAACUCCAAGAGAAUCCUGAAGGCCGCCUGUCAGUUGUUCGGGAAAAACUCUACAAAGGCAUAUCCUGGGUAGAAGUGGAGGCUAAAGUGGAAACCAGGAAUUGGAUGCAGUGUAAAAGUAAGUGGACGGAAAUUCUAACCAAGAGGAUGACAAAUGGUCGGGACGUAUACCGGGGAGUUAAUGCCCUACAGGCCAAGAUCAACCUCAUUGAAAGGUUGUAUGAAAUAAAUGUGGAAGAUGUUAAUGAAAUAGACUGGGAAGACCUUGCUAGCACCAUAGGGGAUGUUCCUCCAUCUUAUGUCCAAACUAAAUUUUAUAAGCUGAAAGCUACCUGUGUUCCCUUUUGGCAGAAGAAGACUUUUCCAGAGAUUAUAGACUACCUUUAUGAGACUAGUCUACCGUUGCUUAAAGAAAAGUUAGAGAAGAAGAUGGAGAAAAAAGGGACUGAGAUCCGGACCCCGGCAACCCCCAAGCCAGUCUUCCUGUUUCGAGACAUCUUUUAUUGUGACGACGACAGUGAGGGAGGAGACGGAGAUGAAAAAUGUUAA